AUGGAAUUAUUUAGUAUUGGAGUAUCUGAAAAUACCGGUCGUGCAAUUAGUGGACACAAAUCUUCUGGUAGAUAUUACGCUUAUACAAAACCUACGGAUGAUCAUAAAAGAGAAGCAUUAGCAAAUGUCCUUAAUAAAAUAAUUACUACUCCAUCUUCAUCAUCUACUGAAGCAUUUCAAGAUUCGAUUAAUGAUUCUGAUUCUGAAGCUGAUGAUUAUGAAGACUUACAAAAUAAUAUAUCUGAAGAUGAUAAUGAUACAUCUACGCAGAUACCAAAUGAACAUGAAUUUUAUGGAAAUUUUCAUAUGGCAAAUGAACUUUUAAAAAAUACGAAUAAUAAGUCUCAAAAAUGUAGAUCCAAUUUUACUAAUAAUGAAAACAAGCGAUUACAUA